GCCGCCGCCGCCUCCGCCUCCCCCGCCGCUGGGGACAUGUCUAACCCCGGAGGCCGGAGGAACGGGCCCGUCAAGCUGCGCCUGACAGUACUCUGUGCAAAAAACUUGGUGAAAAAGGAUUUUUUCCGACUCCCUGAUCCAUUUGCUAAGGUGGUAGUUGAUGGUUCUGGGCAGUGCCAUUCUACAGAUACUGUGAAGAACACACUUGAUCCAAAGUGGAAUCAGCAUUAUGACCUGUAUAUUGGAAAGUCUGAUUCAGUUACGAUCAGUGUAUGGAAUCAUAAGAAGAUCCAUAAGAAGCAAGGUGCUGGAUUUCUUGGUUGUGUUCGUCUUCUUUCCAAUGCCAUCAACCGCCUCAAAGACACUGGUUAUCAGAGGUUGGAUUUAUGCAAACUGGGGCCAAAUGACAAUGAUACAGUUCGAGGACAAAUAGUAGUAAGUCUUCAAUCCAGAGACCGAAUAGGCACGGGAGGACAAGUUGUGGACUGCAGUCGUUUGUUUGACAAUGAUUUACCAGAUGGUUGGGAAGAAAGGCGGACUGCCUCUGGAAGAAUCCAGUAUCUAAACCACAUAACAAGAACUACACAGUGGGAACGCCCAACACGACCGGCGUCAGAAUAUUCUAGUCCUGGCAGGCCUCUUAGCUGCUUUGUGGAUGAGAAUACUCCAAUUACUGGAACAAAUGGUGCAACGUGUGGACAGUCUUCAGACCCCAGACUAGCAGAGAGAAGAGUCAGGUCCCAGCGACAUAGAAAUUACAUGAGCAGGACACACUUGCACACUCCCCCAGACCUGCCAGAAGGCUACGAACAGAGGACAACGCAGCAGGGUCAGGUAUAUUUCUUACAUACUCAGACGGGUGUGAGCACGUGGCAUGAUCCACGAGUGCCUAGGGAUCUUAGCAACAUCAAUUGUGAAGAGCUCGGUCCUUUGCCUCCUGGAUGGGAGAUUCGCAAUACCGCAACAGGAAGAGUUUAUUUCGUUGACCAUAACAACCGAACAACACAAUUUACAGAUCCCCGGCUCUCUGCUAACUUGCAUUUAGUUUUAAAUCGUCAGAACCAGUUGAAAGACCAACAACAACAGCAAGUGGUGUCGUUGUGUCCCGAUGACACUGAGUGUCUGACAGUGCCAAGGUACAAGCGAGACUUGGUUCAAAAACUAAAAAUCUUGCGGCAAGAACUUUCCCAACAGCAGCCUCAAGCUGGCCACUGCCGCAUUGAGGUGUCUAGGGAAGAGAUUUUUGAGGAAUCAUAUCGACAGGUCAUGAAAAUGAGGCCAAAGGAUCUAUGGAAGCGAUUAAUGAUAAAAUUUCGUGGAGAAGAAGGCCUUGACUAUGGAGGAGUUGCUAGGGAAUGGUUGUACCUCCUGUCGCAUGAAAUGUUGAAUCCUUACUACGGUCUCUUCCAAUAUUCUAGAGAUGAUAUCUACACACUGCAGAUCAACCCUGACUCUGCAGUUAAUCCGGAACAUUUAUCCUAUUUCCACUUUGUUGGACGAAUAAUGGGAAUGGCUGUAUUCCAUGGACAUUAUAUUGAUGGUGGUUUCACAUUACCUUUUUAUAAACAGUUGCUUGGGAAGUCAAUUACUUUGGACGACAUGGAGUUAGUUGAUCCAGACCUUCAUAAUAGUUUGGUGUGGAUACUUGAAAAUGAUAUCACAGGUGUUCUGGACCAUACCUUCUGUGUUGAACAUAAUGCAUAUGGUGAAAUUAUUCAGCAUGAACUCAAACCAAAUGGUAAAAGUAUCCCCGUCACUGAAGAAAAUAAGAAAGAAUAUGUCAGGCUUUACGUAAACUGGAGAUUUCUGCGAGGCAUUGAAGCUCAGUUCCUGGCGCUGCAGAAGGGAUUUAACGAAGUCAUUCCACAGCAUCUGCUGAAGACCUUUGAUGAGAAGGAGCUGGAGCUCAUUAUUUGUGGACUUGGCAAAAUUGACGUGAGUGACUGGAAGGUCAACACCCGGUUAAAACACUGUACCCCAGACAGCAAUGUGGUCAAGUGGUUCUGGAAAGCUGUGGAGUUUUUUGAUGAAGAGAGACGAGCACGGUUACUCCAGUUUGUGACAGGGUCCUCUCGAGUGCCUCUGCAGGGCUUCAAAGCACUACAAGGUGCUGCAGGCCCACGGCUCUUUACCAUACACCAGAUUGAUGCCUGCACGAACAACUUGCCAAAAGCCCACACUUGCUUCAAUCGAAUAGACAUUCCACCCUAUGAAAGCUAUGAGAAGCUCUAUGAAAAGCUGCUAACAGCCAUCGAGGAGACAUGUGGCUUUGCUGUGGAAUGAUGAGCGCCAAGGACUUACCUGCAACUCUUAUUUAUCCCCUGGCCAACAGCCUCCUUCAGCAGCGCUUCAGAGAACGCUGGGAUACAGGACAGCCCCCUCCCCUGCUCCUUAGAUUCUAGGACACUGUGAGGGGAAAGGACAAUUUUGAAAUUCCUUUUCAAGGAAAAAUAAAGGUCUUUAUGCUUUGCCAUGAGGACACACUCAGCUGCUAUUUAAAAAUUAAUACCUUGAACCUAAAGAAUGCUGACCCCUGCAUCUCCAGAGUUAGGCAGUAUUCUACACUUAAAAGACUACUACUAUUUUUAUACAAGAUUACCUAUCCAAAUCGCUUCUCAGACUCGUGUCUUUCCUGCACAGCAAGACAACUCCAGCAGUCGGUACAAGUCACGUUUCAUUUUGAUUGACAACAUGAUUUUUGAACGGCUCCUAUACUUACUCUUUGUAAUAAACUAAAUAAAAUUAUUUUGGAUUGUUCCACCUUUGUAAACAAUUGGCUAAAGGGAUUAUUACCUUUAUGAAAUUAAGCCAUUUACAUGUUUAGUUGUGUUUUUCUAUAGCAGAGUGUUAUAUUUUGCAUUAUGUGGGUCACCGUAGCUUAAGUGGGGUUUUAUAUUUUUCAAGUAUGACUUUCUUGGAAAUUCUUAAUGCAACCAUUUAAACUGAGUUUAUUUGCUACCCUCCCUGUUUUUAAGAUGACCUAAAAAAAAACAAAAACAAAAAACAACAAAAAAAAAACCUCAUGUUCUUGAAUCAAGAAGAUCAGGUAUUUUGGAUUUUUCAUCUUAAACUGAAAUACUGCAUUUUUGUAGCUUCUCAGUAUGUGAUGGGUGGAUUUUCAUUCUUUGCUGGGUCAGCUUGUCUCUUAUAUGCUAUUUCUAUAAACCAAAGUCUCUAAUAAGUACAUCUAACUUAUAUUUUAAUUAAGUUUCUAAAAGGAAAAUUUUUGCUCUAAAGAUGGCUUAGGUUUAGCAAGCGUAGAGAGCCCUGCUUUUACCUCACUGGAUGAGCUGGAGGUGGUGGUGGGCAUGGUGGACCAGGAAUGUCAGACAUGAGUGAAGUCAGCCAUGCUGACCAUGCCUGUGAGCCCCGCUCCUGGGAAACUAAACUGGCGGGGGGUUGGGGGGACGGAGUUCAAGUUUGAGGGCAGCCUGAGCUACAUAGCAGAUCUUGAGGGCAGCCUGAGCUACAAGGCAGAUCUUGCCUCAAUUAAGAGUGACUCUAAGUCAAUCAUACAAUUUAUGAAAAACUGAAGAGUUCAUUAGAAGUGAGGGAGUGUAGGCCAGGCUGCCACUCUGCUGGCUUCAGGCAUUGAGGUUAAGCUUUCAAGGCAUGUGGCCCACCUUAUCUAUGAUCUAGAAGGUAACAAAACUUCUGGAGUGAGGGGUUACAACCAUUAAAAAAAUCACAUUGGAAUUUAGAAUUCAACCUCAGAACAAUGCGCUAUUAUUUUUAAACAUUGAAGUGAAAUAAGAAUAGCAAAUUUUGCUGAGCUUGGCACAAGGUCUUAAGGAACACUUGACAGAGUGUAGCUCAGUCUGGUGGCUGACACCCGUAAUCCCAUCAUUAGGGAGGCAGAGGGGUCAGCGUGUCAAGGCCAGCCUCACCUUCACAGUGGGUUUGAGGCUACUUGAGACCCUGUCUCCAGAGGAGCGAGGACCAUAACUGACAGGGAUGCAGUGAUAAGGAGAUGCUGCUUUCAGUGGUUUUCCAUGCAGUGUAAGGCAGGCAAAUCCCACCGCUUUUUGAGUGCCUUUUAACUUUAUUACAGUGACUUGACAGAGCUUUAAAGGAAAUUGCCCUAUGUAACAGUUUUCAAUAGCACAUGACAUCUGAAAACAUGAUUUAGAUUUCAAUUUCAAAAUUACAUUACCUGAUUACUUCCUAAUAGGUGCUAAGCAAACAAAAAUCCCCAGUAUCACAGAACCUGGACUUACCUUGUGUUUAAUGUGAAUAUUUAUCUGUUCCCGAGCAUCCUUCCUCCAGUUGCUCUGUUCCAUCAGGAAAGUUUAACUCUGACCAAUGGUUACCUUGUGCUUACCUGCAGUAAGAGGGCCACUGUUUCCUGGCACAGUUUUAAAGUAGUGCUGCGUACCCUGUACAUUUUGUGUUGCAGUUUGUUGCUCAGUAUUUUACAUUGCUCCCCCACCCCACCCACAUUUACAGGCCAGAGCACACAUUUCUCUUCUCCUAAAUCCAUUGUAAUUUUCUUUCUUUGACAACACUAAAUCUGCUCUGAACUUGUAGUGCAUCAGACAGAUUGCACUGAUGGGUGUUAGAUGCUUCCAGUGCCUGCAGGGUCAGCAGCACAGCACCUUGCCCUUCAGCUGCAGCUUCCUGUCGGGGCCAUGUGUGGUGGUUAAUGUUCUCACACGAGGAUGAUGAUUGUACCAAAUGCUGAGUUGCUUAUUCUAGAUGUAAUUAGUUCACUUUAUGUAAUAUUCUUCCUUUUCUCUGAACUGACUUUAAAAACAAAGUUUUAUCAUUUCCAUUGUAUUUAUUACAAAGGUUUUAGCCUUGAUGUUCUUUGUAAUUUCACUCAUUUGUUACAUGAGCUUUAUCAAUAACACCUGUAUAAAUGGUUUUAAAGAGUAACUAUGUACGUAUGUAUGUGCCCAUGCUGAAGCUGAGCAAUAAAAUGAAUGCUGUUUGCACUGUCACAGCAGCGAGGUUUUUAAGGA